AUGCAUCCAGUCAUCUUUCCCCUUUUAUCUACCUAUCUGAUAUGGGUGUCUGUUCAUCGGUUGAGCCAUCCAUCCAUCCAUCCAUCCAUUCAUCCAUCUGUCCAUUGAUGGAUCCAUCCAUCUAUCCACCUACCCAUCCACCUGCCUAUCUACCCAUCCACCCACCUAUCCAUCCAUCCACCCACCUAUCCAUCCAUCCACCCACCUAUCCAUCCAUCUACCCACCUAUCCAUCCAUCCAUCUAUCUGUCCAUUGAUGGAUUCAUCCACCCACCUAUCUACCCAUCCACCCACCUAUCCACCCAUCCACCCACUUGUCUAUCCAUCCACCCACCUAUCCACCCAUCCGCCCACCUGUCUACCCAUCCACCCACCUGUCUACCCAUCCACCCACCUAUCCACCCAUCCACCCACCUGUCUACCCAUCCACCCACCUAUCCACCCAUCCACCCACCUAUCUACCCAUCCACCCACCUAUCCACCCAUCCACCCACCUAUCUACCCAUCCACCCACCUAUCCACCCAUCCACCCACCUAUCCACCCAUCCACCCACCUAUCUACCCAUCCACCCACCUAUCUACCCAUCCACCCACCUAUCCACCCAUCCACCCACCUAUCCACCCAUCCACCCACUUGUCUACCCAUCCACCCUCCUAUCUACCCACCCAUCCACCUGUCUACCCAUCCACCCACCUGUCUACCCAUCCACCCACCUAUCUACCCAUCUACCCACCUAUCCACCCAUCCACUCACCUAUUUACCCACCCACCUAUCCAUCCAUCCACCCACCUAUCCACCCAUCCAUCCAUUUCUUUGGCUCACUCAGAAGUGAUUCCCUCCCAGAGGGCUUGA